AUGGGUCAGCAGCUCUCAGGAAACACGACGUCGGAUAAGGCCCACAAUAACCCUGUGCCUGGAGCAUAUGAUUUGAACGAUCAAGACACGACCUUUAACAAUCCUCGCACCGUCGAGAUCAGUGGCGGGAACCACUACGCGAUUGGCCGCGAUUUCGUCCAGAUUGAAAUCUCGAACUACAUAGCAUCUUCUACACCCAACGAUCGCAUGUGCACAGGGGCCCGUCUUCGGAGGAUAAGGACGUGGCUGGCGCCGAACGUCAACUUCAGGUCGAUCCACAUGGACGUUCGGAAGAAGCGUAUCCCAGGAACAGGGCAUUGGUUUCUCAAAAGUCGACUCUAUAGGGAAUGGAAGAAGAGCAAAAGCGGAAUCCUGUGGGGCAUGGGAAUUCCUGGUGCAGGCAAGACGGUGCUUGCGUCGAAUGUCGCAGAUGAUCUCUUAAGCCUAGCGGAGGGGACCGACAACAUCUGCGUCCUCAUGGUGUACAGCCGCUAUACCGAGCCGGUCACCGUGGACGACAUUCUCAAGGCUCUGAUCAAACAAUGCAUCGAGCGACACCCCGACCUGGUGGCUGUCGUCGAACCUCUGUACGAACGACACACUCUGGAGGAGACGGAACCCUCGCUGGAUGAACUCGUCGAGCUCUUGCAAACGCUUGAACAGUAUUUCGAUUGCGUAUUUUAUAUCAUCGAUGGCGUCGAUGAAGUGCUAAACGAAGUUCAAUUCGACUUUAUUCGAGCCAUUAAUUGUUUGCGAGGCAACUUCAUUCUCACCUCGCGGCCGCUGGAUGACCUGGGCACCAACCUUGAGGGCGCCGUUUUUUUCACUAUCCUGGCUCAAGACGAAGAUAUCCAACUCUUGGUGCAAGAACGACUAGAACGAUACCCUGGACUCUCGAGGAUCUUGGACGCCAACAAUUUUCGUGCAGAGGCGACGGCGCAGAUACAGCGAAAGGCUGCCGGAAUGUUCCUUCAUGCUGCCCUUCAGCUGGAAGAGCUCCAACGGUGUCUGUCCCUUGCCAGUGCGAAGCAAAAAUUGGAACAGUUCCCUUCCGGGCUGCAAGGGAUGUACGCCUCUGCCAUGGAACGCAUUGAAGCUCAGUGGCCAGAGCAUCGAGAUAUGGCCAAGCUCGCUCUACUAUGGGUGGUUCUCUCUCGGACACCGCUGUCUGUUAGAGAUUUGCAGUAUGCUCUGGGAACCCAGCAGCAAUCACACGCCUUGGACCAGCAACCAACGCUCCCGGACGGCCCCUCUAUCAUUGCUGCAUGUUGUGGUCUCCUGGAGGUCCAUGGCGAUAAAGAGCUCGUUCGUCUUAUCCACUUCACGGCGAAGGACGCAUUGGCGCCCAUGCUUCUGGCGGAUUUCCCCUCUCCUCAUGCCCUCAUAGCCAAAGUCUUGAUCAAGCGGCUCGAAUCCAGUGGGAUGCAUAAGGACAAUCCAUCAAGUAAAGAAGAGCUCGGUGCUCUCCUCGAUCGUCAGCCCCUCCUACGUUACGCGAGGGACCACUGGGGCCAUCAUGUUUCGGAGUGCGACUACCCAUCCGAGAUCGCCCCCUUGGUGGAAGGCUUCUUGCAGCAGUGCACAGCUUUCCCUUCCGAUGACUGGGACGCCCUCGAUUUCUAUUACCCACUUCACGUCGCCGCCCGCUAUGGCCUCACGCCUUAUCUGGAGCGCGUCGUGAACUGCGGUUGGGACAUCAAUUCACGCACGCGACAUCGCCAGAGAACACCAUUGAUCAUUGCCGCCAAUGCUCAUCUCGAAUCGGUGGUUCGGCGAUUACUCGGGUUCGACAAGAUAGACGCGAAUGCCAUGAGCGUCGCUGGUUGGACGGCGCUGAUGGGAGCGGCACGAGGAGGAGAGGAGAGGAUAGUCGAUCAGUUGGUCCAGUUUGGGGGGACGGAGGUCAACCGUGCAAACGUCGUGGGGUGGACGGCGUUGAUGUCUGCCUCGAGGAAUGGGCAUGUUGGCACCGUCAAGAGACUGCUACGUGUGCCUGGCAUCGACGUGAACGCGACCAAUGGCUCUGGCCGGACGGCGUUGAUGUUCGCCGCUUGGUACGGCCACGAAGCGACCUUACAGUCUCUACUGUCCUUCCCAGGAGCUUUGGUUGAUGUGGCCGAUGUCGAUGGACAGACGGCACUUAUGUUGGCCGCUGGAAACGGACAUCAAGCCAACGUCAAGCUUCUGCUGCAGGCACCUGGUAUCCUCGUCAAUGCUGCAGACAAGAACGGAUGGACAGCCUUGAUGUCGGCAUCCAAAAAGGGAUGGGAGGGCGCUGUACAGCAGUUACUCGACUUCCCUGGUAUCGACGUCAAUGCUGCAAACGCAGAGGGACGGACUUCUCUCAUGGUCGCGUCAUGGACACAUAAACGUUGCACGGAGGUUACUCAAGGCCAGGGGUAUCGACCUCAAUGCAUUCGAUGUGUAUGGAUGGACGGCUCUUAUCACUGCAUCAAGAUAUGGCAUGAUCGACAUCGUCCAGCUUUUGCUGGAAUGCGAGGGACUCGAGGUCAACGCUACGAACGGGGACCGACGGUCGGCUUUGAUGGUAGCCUCCCAGUUUGGCUGUGA